GGCCAACUCCAAAACAACAUGGCGGCAAUAGAAGCUCUUGCGAAUGCCUAUGGUGAUGACAGCGAUUCUGAAGGAAAUGAAAGUCCUGAAGAGGAAACUACAGCAGAUCAUACGGCACAUCUGAACUCUAAUGUCUCAAUUUCACAACUUCAAUCUAAAGUUCAGGUUAAAAGUGCCCCUGUUGUCACUGCAAAGGAGGCUGUUGGUGUGAUUAGACAAGUGGAUCCCACCACCAAGGAGGUCACUUACAAUCCGCGAUAUGAGGAGAUGUUCUCCCCUGAGGUUGGACCAUCAAAUCCCUUUAAAACUAGGCAGCAAAGUGCUCCAAAGAAUGCGCUAGCUGGUUAUGUUGAACCAGCUCACAUGAGUGACUUUACAUUUGAAACUCAAAGAAGAACAUUUACUAGUUAUGGUUAUGCCCUUGAUCCCAGUGUAACAGGAGGAGCCAGCACAAGUGGGGACAGGUUUGUUGGAGAUGUAGAAAAAGCAGAGGAGAAGAAGGGCUUGACAAUAUUUGAAGCAACAGAAGCUCGCCCAGGUGACAAAAGAAAACGAGAAAAACCUGGUGAUCCAGGAGACAUUGAAGGAUACAAAGGUCCAUGGGCAACAUUUGUUGAUGAAGCUAAAGUUGCUAAGCCAUCUGAGGAACAAGCAGCUAAGCUUGAAGAGUUUGAGAUGACAAAGCAAAAGAGAACUAAGAAAGAAGAACAAGUUGUGGAAGAAAAGACCACUCUUCAUGUUCAAGAUUCUGUGGAUUAUCAGGGUCGCUCAUAUCUUCACAUUCCAAAAGAUCUGGAUGUGAAACUGGAUACAGAUGAACCACCAGAGAGAUGUUACUUACCGAAAAAACACAUUCACACAUGGACUGGACACUCAAAGGGUGUCUCCUCCAUCAGGUUCUUUCCAACAUCAGCUCACCUGUUACUGUCUUGUAGUAUGGACUGCAAAAUUAAGUUGUGGGAAGUUUACGGCAAAAGACGUUGUUUGAGAACAUUCAUGGGUCACAGUAAAGCUGUUCGUGACAUUUCGUUUAACAACAGUGGGGCACAGUUUCUAAGUGCUGCUUAUGACAGAUAUGUCAAACUUUGGGACACAGAAACAGGGCAGUGCACUGGACGUUUUACCAACCGAAAAAUUCCGUAUUGUGUCAAGUUUAAUCCUGACGAGGAUAAGCAGCAUUUAUUCGUUUGUGGAACAUCAGACAAGAAAAUAUUAACGUGGGACACGCGAGCGAACGAAAUUGUUCAAGAAUAUGACAGACAUCUUGGCGCGGUUAACACGAUAACGUUUGUGGAUCAAAACAGAAGGUUCGUGACGACUUCUGAUGACAAAAGUAUCAGAGUAUGGGAAUGGGACAUUCCUGUGGAUUUCAAGUAUAUUGCCGAACCUAGUAUGCACUCCAUGCCCGCAGUAGCUCUUCACCCCAACAACAAAUGGAUGGCAUGUCAGUCCAUGGACAACCAAAUCAUGGUGUUCGCAGUACUAAAUCGUUUCCGUCAAAACCGAAAGAAAACGUUUAAAGGCCACAUGGUUGCGGGCUACGCUUGUCAGUUAAAUUUCUCACCGGAUGGAAGUUAUCUUAUUUCCGGCGAUGCAGAUGGCAAACUUUGUAUAUGGGACUGGAAAUCAACAAAACUCUACAGCAAGUUCAAAGCACACGACGCAGUUUGCAUCGCUUGCCUGUGGCAUCCUCAUGAGACGUCAAAGGUGGUAACCUGUGGCUGGGAUGGACUUAUCAAGUACUGGGACUGAAUGAGAGGAGUUGGAAGAAAAAAAAAAUAAGUAGAAAAAGGAUGAUAUUCAUGCUUCUCACAAACAUUUGGCAAAAGUUAAGAUCACGACUCCUUUGCAGUGGAUUUGCAAAAUACUUUUUUAACUUUUUCGCAGACAUGAUGUUAACAGGGACAAUUUCCCUGCAUUAAGCGAAGCAUUCAGCCUCUGAAGAGACUGACUUGCUGUAAAAAAGAGCACAAUUAACAUUUUGUUACCGUCGAAUGGAACACCCCAUCUAGAAAUGCUAACAUGUUGCGAAGUCACCCUGUUUUGAAAUCAUCUUUAAAAUUCCACCAUAUGUAACUUUGUACAGUGUGUUCCUUUAAAGCUCUAAAAAAUGACUUUUCGAACCCUCCGAAACAUCACGCCAAGUCGGUCGUUUGAUUGACGGCAAUGUAAAUAGCAUAAUCAAUAAAGCAUGUUCAACGACA